UGACUUGCACGCAGGAAGUGGAGCGUAGGGAUGGAUCGGCUUCUAGCAGGGGUGUGGCCUGGGCUCUCUGCCCUCCUCUGACUCCAGCAACUCCUGAGGGAUUGGAGCACUCCCUAGCUGAAAAGAGAGGGUCACUGUGGAGGCUCAGGCAGCUGGGCCAAGUCUGCUGUGAGAGCCUGAGGGACACACCCUGCUGCUCAUACAUGUGAAGCUCUACCAGGAGGAAGCUCGGGGCAGGAGCCAGACGAGGCAACAGUUGGCACGAUAUGGAGCGUCGGAGCAAGAUGGAAUUUUUCCAGAAACUGGGCUACAGCCAGGAGGACGUGGUCAGGGUGCUGGGCAAACUGGGUGACAGUGCCUUGGUCAAUGACGUGCUACAAGAGUUGAUCCAGACCGGCAGCCGCCCAAGGGGCCAGGAGGAUCCAGCCAACGGCACCGGGGUAGUGCUGAUGCCCCGGGGAUGCUGUGGGGUCCGAGACUCUGCCCCACAGGGCCUGGGACCAGGCCUAGAAGAGGCUGGCGGAGAUCCAGCCAGCUUCCUGCGGCCCAUAGUGAUCGAUGGCAGCAAUGUGGCUAUGAGCCAUGGAAAUAAAGAAGCCUUCUCUUGCCGGGGAAUUCGUCUGGCUGUGGACUGGUUCAGAGACAGAGGACACACCUACAUCAAGGUUUUUGUCCCAUCUUGGAGGAAAGAGCCAUCAAGGUCUGAUACCCCCAUCAGAGAGCAACACGUGCUGGAGGAGCUGGAACGGCAAGCUGUGUUGGUGUACACCCCAUCCCGCAAGGUGAACGGCAAGCGAGUGGUCUGCUACGAUGACCGCUACAUCGUGAAGGUGGCCUAUGAGAAGGAUGGCAUCAUUGUCUCCAAUGACAACUACCGGGACCUGCAGAACGAAAACCCAGAGUGGAAAUGGUUCAUCGAGCAGAGACUGCUCAUGUUCUCCUUUGUGAAUGACAGAUUCAUGCCUCCUGAUGAUCCCCUGGGCCGCCGUGGACCAACCCUCAGUAAUUUCCUAAGCAAGAAGCCAAGGCCCCCAGAGCCCUCCUGGCAACACUGUCCCUAUGGCAAGAAAUGCACCUACGGGGUCAAGUGCAGAUUCUACCACCCCGAGAGACCGCACCACGGGCAGCUGCCGGUGGCCGACGAACUCCGAGCCAAGACGCGGGCCUGGCCGAGUGGUGGCCCCGAGGAGCCGCGGCCACCGAGCGCCCGAAGCCGUCCCACAGCAGCCCGGCCGCUUCCCCGGGAGCCGGGUGCGCACAACCUCCCGCUGGCCCGGCAGCCCGCGGCCCUGGCAGCCCUGAACAGGAGCUUCGCUCGGCUGACCUUCAGCGACACCGCGGCCAACGGCGUCGUGUCCCGGUCGCGAGGACUGGACUGGAUGCCAACGGGUGGCUCCACGUCCUGGGACUCGCCAUCCCUUCGCGCGGGCGGCGCUGCAACCCCAGGGUCGCCGGGUCUGCGGUGCCUCCGGACUCCGAGCAGCUCGCUUUCUCCCGGUGAUCUCGGGUCCCCAGUCUGCCCACAGGCCCAGACGUCGGACGGACACCGUUCCAGGGACGUGCACAGUGACCUGGCUCCCCAGCGCGGACCACUGGAACACCCGUGGGCCCUCCUGCCCAGCUCUUACCGUUAUUUGAGCCACUCGACCUGGGCAGAGUCGGCUUGGGGCGAGGGCACCUUUAGAGGACCUCUGGGGUCAGCACAGCCCGCCACCAAUGGUGGGGGAACACGCGCUGCGCUCUGCAGCGUCUUCCCAUCUGACCGAGAGGACCCUGUGAUGACCUCGGAUCCUGUGCUCUCAGACAUGGCUCCGCUUACCCUCCUUCAGAGAUCCCAAAAGAAUGGUGCUCCAUUGCGGGAUCCUUAUGGGACAGGUUCAUAACACUGCAAGGGGUGGUGGCCCAGGCUUGACUCACAGCUUGGACAGGUGGGACACAGUUGCUUGUUAAUCUGCAUGCAUCAUUGCGGUUGGACACCGUUUUUUUCAAAGGUAGUCGGUGGGAGACUUCUUUCUCAUCUUCAGUGGUGGAUACCCGUGGGGAUCUUGGGGAUGCUCCCUGAAGGCAGGGCCUGCUGCAUGGACAGGGUGAUGUGUUUGGAAGGCUUUGUCCAGAACACAUCUGUAUCUGGGUCUAAGUAGCAUCCACAAAUGUUUCAGCUGGUCAUCACCGCUAAUCAAGGUGAUCAAGCUGAGUUUGAUAUAAACUCCUGUAAGUGUGUGUGUGUGUGUGUGUGUGUGUGUGUGUGAAAGAUUGAAAAUGGCUGGUAAAUCAAUCUUGACUUUUGUGGUGUCAAAUGAUGUUUAACAUAUGUAUUCAGGUGACACAGGAAGGAAGGUGUUGCUGUCUGGAGCUUUGAAGUUGCCGAUGCUAAUCUCACUCACAGGAGAAUCCAGCCUUCUGAAAAUUUUACUGUGGAGCUGUCCCAGGGCACCUGAUCCUAAGAGUCUUCUCACUGGGUCUUUAUUCUUUUUGUACAUACAUACCAUAUUUCCCAAACAUCACAACACAAGAUUCAGCCUGCCUUUUUUCCCCUUAAAUCAGCCUUUCUUUGUGGUGAUUCUUCAAACUCUUCUAAAUUGGACCUUACAGAGAUGAAAUUCCAAUCUACCCACUAUCCCCUCAAAACCAACAACAAAAAUCAGCUUCCAGGUGGUUUAGCAUCGAAUUGGAUUGGUUUAUUGCAACUUUACUUAGCUGUGUCUUCUGGAUAACUUUGGCUCUGGGUUUUGGGGGAGAAGAGGCUCAUUCAUUUACAAGGGACAAGAAAUGAUACAGUAUUGCUGGGGCCUGGGCCCAGCAUUCCGAGGGACCCCAGCAUCUGUAGCAGCAUCCACACGUCCCAGUUACAGUGGUAGCCUGCCAGGUUCCAACUCAUUUGCUCCUGAGGGACUCAGUAGUUCAUUUGGUCAGAGAAAGAGUCAGAAGAGACCUGCCAAUGGGAUCUGUUUGCCAAAGCCUCCGAGUUCCUGAAGUGUGGUAGGUACAUUUGGGAAACACCCCUUUGUUACCGGCCAUGUUUGUUGGCACAGCAACGGUAUGCCUCAGGGAACAUGCUGUUGUGGUAUUCAUGGUAAACUUGACUCCUUGGUACCAGGACAGCCAUAUGACUUUUCAGAAGUCAACUCUCUUUUAAAACUGCAUUCUUAACCUGGCUUCUUGUAGAUCCGUUCCUCACGCCCUUUUCAAAGCAUACACUGUUCUCAGAGUGUUGUUUCUUAUCUUGAGUCCUCUGUCCUGAAGAGGGUCUGCUCUUUCUAAAUCCUUUGAAUUUUUUCCUUUGUGUGUGUGUGUGUGUAUGUGUUUCCUUUCCACAAGACUGUUAGAACCACUGUUUGAUUCCCCGACCUUGUUUCCUGCUUCGAAUCAAUGCAUUGCAAAUUAACUGUUGGAAAUGUUUAAACUGCUUCCUCUGAAGACAAGUUUGAGUUUUAGUAAGCUGCAAAGCUAUUUUAUUUGGUUCAUUGUGAUUAAGAGAAGUACAAGGGGUGGGGGAGAAGAGAAGAGAUAUGUGUGAGUGUGUAACUGCACAUAUCAGAUGUAAUCACCUUUGGAAAAUUCCAAAGUCUUAGUAUGUCCUUGUGACACACAACUGUGGAUGAGAGACAUAAAUGGACCAUCCCUAGUUGCAUAGCUGUUACCAUGCUCUAAAAAUAAACCACCUUUUCCACACCUGGACUCCACAGUCAAA